ACGACCUUCGUUUCUCCCUGAAAUGAAAAGAAAAGAAACUGAGAUUUGAUGUGUCUAUUCCAUACACUUUUUCCACGUGCCAUCUGAAAUUUUAUCGGUUUUGACAGCUCAUCUGUAACCUUUUAAACUAUGCCUUCCUGUUUUCAAACAGGGCAAUUACUACAAUAUUUAACAUCGGGUAAAGAAACCAGGUGUGAAAAAAUUAAAAUGGAAGGGUCAAGCAAGAGAAAGCCAACGAGGAGGAGGAGGAGGAGGAGGAGGUCUCACACCAGAAAAGUCGCCGGAGAUUGUUUCAUCAACAUGGCUGAGGCUAGGAGAGAGAUUCUUCAUGCCCUGCAUCUCCACCGUUCAUCACUCGCUUCUUCAUCAACAAAACCAUGUGAACCUGCAAUAAUUUUUGGUGGUAAUAAUGGUUCAGGGUCUGGAGUUGAUGUUGUUAGUUCGUAUAAUUGUUGUUAUUGGGUAGUGGAGGCGAUGCCUCUUCCUGAACCCGUUUGGUCCACGACUGCGCCUUCGGUGCCUGCCGGACCGCCGGUGACGGAGGAAGCAGGGGUGGUGGAGUUUGAGUGGGGAGAAAAUCAAAACCAGGCUGCUUCUUACAAAUGGUGGUUGGGAUUUUUAAAGGCGUUAGAUAGGAAGAGCAGUGAGGAAACAAAAUACCCAUGUUUGGAAGAUGACAUUGUGUUUGGAGAGCAAGAAAAUUUGGAAGUUGGAGAGCCAAAUUUUCUGAGUUCAGGUGAUCAGGACUCCUGUCUAGAUGAAUGGUUGAUGUUUCCGGCGACUGAAGAUCAAGUUGAUAACGCCGUACUGUAAUCCCUUGAAGAUAGGAGUAUUAAAAAAAAAAAAAAACAUUUUGGGCCGACACAUAGUACUACUUUUAAUUAUAUUUCCGCCUUUCGAUUUUGUUUGAUUCAUGAAUGAAUUUAAUGAGAGAGGCAGAUGGAAUGGACCGUCGCCAUGUCUAAUGAGGUGCCACGUCAACAAAAUUAUUGAAUUCCUAGUGGUAGUAUUCCUUUUUUCUUCAAUAAUGUCAUGUUCCCUGU